UCAGCAACAUCUUCUGGAAAGCUUUUUCUCAAUUUUUUAUUUUUCCAUCAAUUUUGGAAGUUUGCUGUCCAUGAUAGUGACUCCCGUAUUGAGAGGUGAGAUCUUGAAGAUUGGAAAAUAGAAAAAUGUUAGAAAGAUCUUGCCAAGAGCAAUCUUGUAAGAUCUUGUAAUUUAGGUAGUCUAGCAUGUAACAUAGUUUAAUGUAUAAUAAUUAUCUUUUUUUCAGGUGAUGUUUCAUGUUUUGGUAAUGACUGUUACAGUUUGGCAUUUGGUGUUCCUGCUGCAUUGAUGAUUAUUGCUAUAAGUAAGAUGGUGUUAUUGAUAUCUCCCUGUUUGUCCCCUGAAGGAGAUUUGGGUCACCUCAACACAUAUCUCUACUUAAUUCUGUCAUCAACUUUAUCAGAUCAUUUUACCAUUGUUUCUAAAGUGUACAAUCCAUCCAUCACUUUCUCUAUAUUCCUGGUUCCCUCUGCUCUCUUUUCUAUCUUCUCUUUGCAUGACUAUUCUAUCUCUUCCUAUCUCAUAUAUUUUCUCCUACACCAAUUUAAAUUCUUUGCUUGCAUCUUUGUUUCUCAUUCUCUCUUGUCUUGUGACUCUUAAUAAUGAAUAAAUAUGUCAUAUUCUGUGCUGAAUAUCAUAUCCCGGGCUGUCGAUCACCAAAUUGUGACAAUGAUGAUUAACAUUGUAUAAUAAUUAAAUUUCAGUCGUGUUUGUUGCUGGUACUCCACGGUAUAAGAAAAAUCCUCCUUCUGGAAAUGUAGUUGUGGAUGUUGUGAAAUGUAUUUUCGUAAGUCAAUCUGAUAUAUAUUGCCUUAGGUACAUGUGGCAUAACAAUAGUGUCAGAAUGUUCCACUCUGAUCAGGCCUCGAAUUUCCCUGAAAUCAGUCGACGGCAGUGGUGUUAAAAAUUGCCGUAGAACAUAACAGCUGUCUACGGCAAUUUUGGCAGUUUCCACAGCAUUUUUUCAAAUUACUGUAAUAAAAAUUUAAUUUUAUUGUUACUUUGGAUUGUUGACAAGCUAGAAACAUGCUUACAUAUAACUUUUUUUUCGAAGAAAACUGAGACUAAAAUAGUAAUUUCCGUAUGAUUUGAUCAACAUCUGAAUUCAAGUAUCAAAAUAGUAAUGCACAGUGAAUAGUAUAAAAAUUACACUAUACAGCAAAAAAUUGCCAUUGUUGCUGCAAUGAUCCACAGCAUUUUGUUCUCCCUCUACGGCAAUUGCUGCAAUAAAAUUCAGGCCCUGACUCUGAUUGUUCAUUCAUUGUUUUGACAUAUAUUGUUAUUUGGUUCUAGCCGAGCUCUUAUUUUUUCAAUAACUUCUGUAAUAGAAAUGAUUGCAACAGUAGUGGUGUGUUUUGUAGAGGAGAGAAACAUGGCUUAAAUCAGAGUUCUACAUUUAAUGUUUUUAAUUUCUCUUCGAACAGCACGCGGCACGAAGAAGAUGCAGUUCUGUUGGUCGUCGUGUCGGUAAACAACACUGGUUGGACUGGGCCGAGGACAUAUAUGACGUGAGUAUUUUUGCUACUACAGUCGAGGCUAUUUCUCAAAGUAUUCCUCCCCCACCAGAAAAAUUAGCCCUUCCAAACCUUAGCUAUGAUCUGUGAUCGAACAUGGGUGGUAUAGUGGCAGCCACAGUGCCCUUGUAAAGGUCAAUUUACACUACACAACUUUUGCCUAAAUCUGCAGUGCUUACAAUUUGAGUUGUACUGUGUAAAUCAAGUACACAAUUCGCCUAUGUUGUCAUAAGUGAGAAGAAAACACCUACUGUACUGUAUGAUCAAGACAAGAUUUCUAAAGAAAUAUAUCCUAAUUUAUAAACAUUACAAGCCGUUGACAAUUUUGCGUUGAAUUUUACCUUUCCCCAAGGGUAAAGCUUAUCAGUUUUUGACCCCAAGACUAAAAAUUAUUUUCUAGAGAAAAAUGAUAUCCGACGUAAAGGCUUUGCUUCGAGUAUUGUUCAUGUUUCUGCCACUGCCGUUAUUCUGGACUCUGUUUGACCAGCAGGUUAGUGCAUAGAUAGAUUUUCUGGGUCACCCCCUCGGAAAGUUUUCCCACCCCGCCUAGAGAAAUUUAAAAAUUUAAAAAUCCAACCCCAAAAAUCUCUGGUUAUAAUUCUUUGGUUAUAAUUCGUACAGGAAUCUGUAUUAUUAUUCCUCAAUAAAAAUCUUACAAUAAUUGUAAUUUUAAGUUCUUUGUAUGUUUGCAUGGUGAUAAAAUAUAAUAGUUUUGUUUGUGGGAAAAAAAGAAAAAAAAAUUAAUAUUAAUUAUUAUUAAUUAUUAAUAGUAAUAAAUUUACGUGGUGUUUCCACAAACAAAACAAUUAUAAUUGUAAUUUUGUUUUAACUUGCCUUAUAAAAAUGUGUUUUGUUUUUAGGGCUCAAGAUGGACGCUACAAGCGGAACAGUUAGAUGGUCAUAUUGUAAGUGGACAUAGUUAUAGAUCUCAUAUUAACAACAUACAUGCAACAACAUUUCCUUAAUAAAUUAUAAUGCUAUGUAAUUUUUUUAGGGUGAAUUGUUAACUGUGAAACCAGAUCAAAUGCAGGUAUGUGAAGAAUUACAAACUGGAGAGAAUGGGCUACAAUAUUUCAUUUAAAUAAUGUACUGACCUCCCUAUUGAGGACAAGUGUUUUACCACAGACUGUAUAUACCACUGAAAAAUAAGAAUUCCUGUGGUACUGUAAAUAAGACGCUCUGAACAAUUCUAUUAAUUAAUCAGCAUUUGUACCAUGAAGAAAUUCACUGAAAAUGCCCAACUCUUGGAUAAUUAUUGCACAGUGAAAUUUACUUACUCCUGAGGAAUUCCAGGGCUAAAAUUACCUCACCCUGAAAAAUUCCAUGUCCCUGGAUGGGAGGUGUACUGUGUACGGAUAUUUGUAAGACUCUUCGUCUGAGUGUGAAGAAUUGUUUAAAAUCAGAAACUAUUGCAUGUUACCAAUACCACAUCACUUUCCAUACGAUCUAAAUGUUUUAUUGCUUUUUAAAUAUUUCUAGGCACUUAAUCCAAUUUUCAUUCUGGUUCUCAUUCCAAUCUUUGAGAGAAUAAUUUAUCCUAUUUUGAGAAAAUGUGGCUUUGCUUUGAGGUACAGUAAGUGUUACUGUGAAAAGAUUGUCCUACAGUACAUGUUUGCAUAUGAAUCAUUUGUUAAUGUUUGACUAUCAACAAACUCUAUAUUCACCUCAAUUCGUGUUUUUUUCUAGACCUUUGCAAAGAAUGUGUAUUGGGAUGUUUUUGGCAAGUGUUUCGUUUUUAUUGGCAGCUGUUCUUCAACUGGAAAUUCAGGUAUGAAAAUUGCAGUAUUAAAAAUUUGGAACAUGAGUUACUAAUUUACAGUAAAGGCUCAGGUUUACACUAUCAAAGUUUCAUUGGUAAAUUCUAACUUCAUUUCAUUUUGCAUUGGUAAAUUCUAAGUUUUGAAGGAUUUGUAAGAAAUGUUUGAGGAAACUAACUUAGUGUUAAGCACUGAGCAAGUUCUCUCAAACAUUUCUUACAAAUCCUUCAAAACUUAGAAUUUACUGUACCUAUAGUAUACUGUAUGCAAAAUUCCUACAGUACGAUCACAGAAACUUUGAUAGUUUAAACCAACCUGUAGAGAAAUAUACAUGUACUGUUUAUUAUUUACGAAACAUGUUACUCAAUUUUCUUUCCCAGGCCACGACAAUCAGAGUUCUUCCUGCGCCAAGUGGACAGUCAAAUUUAAGACUUAUUAAUGCGGCUCGUUGUUCCCUGAAUGUCACAUUCCCACAAUAUCCUUCAUUACUCCUGAAAAUCCAACAAAGAUCGGUAAGUUAUCAUUGGGGAAUCGAUCAGAACUGAGCUAAUUUAAUUUUUUGUACUGGUAGCCUCACUGAGUUUUACAUAUUGUGUUGUUUUGUGCAGCUCAUUGGCUACUUUUAUCAGUUCUAAACUGUUAUCACAAACAGUGUUGAGUUAUCCUAAUUCCAAAACAGUGUUAACAAAACAGUAGGGUGUUUUUAGAAUAUAAGAUUCAACACUUAGAACAGUUUAAAAAUGAUACAAAACUACUCUUUAUUAACAAUUUAUGGUAAUUUUAUUCAGUAUACUAUUUUGAAUUUUUGAUAUUUAUUUUCCCCAGGCUACUCAAUACCUUGUCCUUCCAUCCUAUGUGAAGGAUGUUCGUGUGAGAGCAGACAAAUGUCCUCAGUCUCCGACACUGGCAUACUUCAAGAAAGAAGAGGUCUUCGAAUUAUCUCUCGCAUCCAAGAAGGCUUAUGAAUUUGUCAUUUCCAAUUACGAGGGAAAGUUCUCUGGCAAACAGUUUAAAUUGAAGUUCUUCAAUAAGAUAAAGAGUGGAAAAUCACGUGUGAGGUAUAUAUAUGUUUGAAUCUUAAGACAAUGUUUAAUACAACAAACUCACUGAGUGGGGCCAUUUGUUCAAUGCUGGUUAAAAUAAAUUUUAACUGGUUAAAAUUUAACCUUACAACAAGUCAAUGACAACAAAACAACAACAACUAUGACAACAAAACAACAACAACAUCAACAACAACUAUGACAACAAAACAACAACAACAACAACAACAACAACAACAACAACAACAACAACAACAACAACAACAUCAACAACAACUAUGACAACAAAACAACAACAACAACAACAACAAAUAACAAUACCAACAACAAAAUAUCAUAAAACAACUAUCAUGUAAAAUUAUUGAGCCAUCUUUUUCAUAGAUAUCUUAUAUAGACUAGAUAGCGCAUCUCUUUUAGUAAAAUUGAAGCCAAGAAUAUUCCAGCGGUUACCCCCAUUCGAAUUGAUGGCGGCCAUGUUGGAGUUUCCCACUCGCUAAUAAAUGCUUAAAAAACAACAAUAACUUUCAUCAUUUGAAUAGUUUGAAAAUGUAUUUGGAAUAGGUUUAACUUAAUGUUUAAGUUCCCUGUUUAAGAAAUAGAAACCAUACGAGUCUUCUCAUUUCAUGGGAAUAUCCUGAGUCUGCAAUCACGGCUUCAAUUUUUGAAUUGCAGAAUAAUUAGAUGCACUAUCUAGUGUAUAUAAGAUAUCUAUGGUCUUUUUACAGUAAUACAUCUUCCAGAAAGUAUGUCACUAUAUGUUGCUAUAGUCAGAGACAUCACGAAAAGCUCUCAAUAGCCAAAGUGAGAUACCUGUACUUUCCAGAAGCAUGUAUUUUCACUAUUUUGUUUGUAAAAUUGGUUGUCUUUCUAUUUAGAUUUAUUCACGCUGGAGCCGCAGUCGUUCCAAAGAUUUCUAUCAAAUUGAAUAGUAGUUUUACUAUUUAUAAUUUAACAAGAUUGAAUGCCACGCAGUAUCUCAGAUUAAAGUCGAGGAGGUUUGUAUGUUUUGACAACAACAUUUCAUCAUUUUACAAAAUAUACAGCUGUUUACAUUGUUAAUUUCUUUCUAAACUCAUAGAAAUAUAGAUAUUAGAUAGCUAUAAUGUUUCUUUCUUGUAUUUUUAGUUAUGACGUGGAAAUUUUAGAUGGUGACAACAAAGUUAAACUUAAGGUUAGCACUAUAUUAUGUACAGUAUUUGUAGUAUAAUAACAUUGUAAUUUGUUCUUUACAAUUUCGAAAACUUGUCUUUCACAACAUGUGAUUACACUUGAAAAUUUGAUACAUUUCUCCACGUUCGAAAUUCUAUAGAAACAUAUUCAACUUCCAAAAUUUUGGACGCUUCAAAUAGUCUGGAUAUUUUGAAAUGUUUCAUAAAAAGCAUAGAAAUUUUCCAAGAAAAGCUAAAGUUAGAAAACCAAAGUAUGGAAAUUGUUUUAUAAUUGUUGUUUAAUCAUAUUUUCUAGGAAAAACUGGAAUUCCAGAACAGUGGGAUGUAUACAGUAAUUGUGCAAGGGAAUCCUAACACGCCUGAUAACCCCGAGGUACUGUAGAACUAAGAUUUUUUAUUUGAUAGUGGGUCAUUCUAGAGAACAUCCGUACAAUACUGUACCUCCUCAUGGAGGAAAUUAGGAGUUAACCCCCUACCCCUUUGAAUGCCUCAGUUAUCAGAACAAUUUUCUCUCCACCCAACUCCCCCUCUCCAGCCCGAACGACACAAAUUUCCUCCUUUGGGACAGAGUGGUUCUUUUCUGGAAUGGCCCAUUUUGCAAAAUGGUGUGACCCCACCAGUGCCAAAAAAAUACUUGAAUUUGUUAAAAUUGUUUAUAUUUCCAAAAUUAAUUAAUUUUGACAUUUUCUUACAGCUUGUGUUCGAAAGAUAUGUCGAAGUUAGUCCAAAGACUGUUCCAAUGUUUUGGCAAAUUCCACAGUAUCUCGCCAUCACAUCAGCUGAAGUGAUGUUUUCAAUAACCGGCCUCGAGUUUGCUUAUUCACAGGUAACAAACUUCAUUUUUCCUUCAAACUAGUACACUUUGUAAGUAAUUAGUACACCAAACAUUUGGUACGUGGCUAACAAUGUUUUCACCAAAACAUUUGUUUUCAAGUGAUAAAAUUACAUUUUUAACUUUUCAAAAAAGUUCCCCAAUUGUAAAGUUGGUAUGAACAAUAAUAUUAUGCUUAAUAAUAAAAAAACUUAAUAUUAUGAAAAAUAACAAUGACUUAAUAUUAUUCAAAGAACUUAAUAUUAUGCUUGCUUGUGAUAUUACUCUGAGUCUGUAUCCACACCGGGCAGAUUUGAAAAAUAUGCAUGGCCACGGUGGGAAUCAAACCUACGACUUUUAGAAUAUUGGAUACACACUCAGAAUGUGGAUACACACUCAGAGUAACACCACAAGCAUCUUAUUCACCUGAGUACACUACACCAGCACAACAAAUAUCAAUAUUAUGCUUGUUAUAUUUCAGUCUCCUGCAAGUAUGAAGUCGUGUAUUAUGGCAGCAUGGCUAUUAACUGUUUCUGUUGGCAAUCUGAUCGUAGUGAUUUUUGCUGAAGCUCGUUUCUUUUAUAGCAUGGUAAGAGAAAUUAAUUGCUGAUACAUUGACAACUUAUCUGCAUCACAUUACUCAUGAAGGUUACUUGUGUGAUGUAACACUUAGUUCUCAUUAUUUUUAUUCAGGCCAAUGAAUUUUUCUUUUUUGCUGGCCUCUUGGUGGUCGUUGUCGUCAUAUUCGCCGUGAUGGCUCAAUUUUAUACCUACGUUUCUGACGAAAACAAGGCGGACAGUUCGAGUAAUGAGGAUGACGAUAAAUUUUUACUGGAGGAGGGAGAAGAUGAAAUUAGUAACUAGGUAAUAUACUGUAUAAUAUAAACAGUAAAUCUGUAUGGCUUUUCAAAUAUUGAACCGAACCAAAUGCCUAUCAACUACUUAUUCAAGAUACAGUAUAGUAGCUGUCUUAGCUGAGAAAAUUCAAUGAAAAGGUUAUGCUAUUACCAACAACUGGAUUGGGGCAUUAUUUUAAUUUUUCAAAAAUUUCCUGUGAUUGCCCCCUUCGCAUUUGACCAAAAAAUUUCAAAACAUGUUUUUACCAGCCGAAACUAACUGUUUUGAUUGUUUUUUGUUUCCUGUGGUCAACCACAAUGCAAUGCCCGCUUCCGUUUACGUUUUUUGUUACAUUUAUCACAAUUGUUGCCUGGCCCACAACGU